AAAAGGAAGGAGAAGGAGAAGGAGAAGGAGAAGGAGAAACUACUCCGGAGGAGAAAGCCACACCCACGGUCAACUUUUCUCUCUCCUUCCCUUUUCCCUCUUCAGUCAAGAACCCCGCCCGCGCUCGAUUCUUCACUCUCACCCGCCGGAAAACGAGAAUCAAGAUCGGACCUUUCUGUCCUCCGCCGGCGACCCGACGGAGAUCGGCCAUCGCCGUCGUCUCUUCUCGGAGCCAUGUACCUGCCCGACAAGCCCCGGCCCAGUCCCCCGGAUUUGUCGGACCGCGAAAUGAUGCUCGAGGUCGUCACCAGCGACCCCCUCUCCCUCCACCACCAGCACCAGCACCAGCACCACCAGCACCAGCUGAUGAUCCUCGCCGACAGCAGCGGCGGCGAGGACCCCGAGCCGGAGCCGGAGCCGGAGCCCGGGCCGGAGCUCCGGGCCACCAAGAAGCGGGCCGAGACGUGGGUCACCGAGGAGACCCGGAGCCUGAUCGGGUUCCGCCGGGAGGUGGACGGGCUGUUCAACACGUCCAAGUCGAACAAGCACCUGUGGGAGCAGAUCUCCGCCAAGAUGAGGGAGAAGGGCUUCGACCGCUCGCCCACCAUGUGUACUGACAAGUGGCGCAACCUGCUCAAGGAGUUCAAGAAGGCGCGGCACAACCUUCAGCAGCAGGAGCAGCAGCAGCAGAGCGACAAGGGCGGCGCCGGGUCGGGGAAGAUGACGUAUUACAAGGAGCUGGAGGAGCUGCUCAGAGAGAGGAAUAGGAAUGGGGGCGCCGGCGGGGGCGCCGGCGGGGGCGGCGGCGGAGGAGUCUUUGGGGGGUCUGUGGCGACGCCGCCCAAAGUCGACCAUUUCAUCCAGUUCUCCGACAAAGUUGACGUUUCAGGUUUCGAUGAUUCCAGCAUCCAAUUUGGACCCGUGGAAGCUAGUGGACAGACAACUAUUAACGUGGAUAGGCAGUUUGAUCAAGAUGGCGAUCCUCUUGCUAUAACUACUGCUGAUGCAGUGGAAGCCAGUGGAGUUCCUCCUUGGAACUGGAGAGAUGCCCCUGGAAAUGUUAUGGCAGGAGGGGACCAGUCAUGCGGUGGGAGGGUUAUUACGGUCAAGUUGGGCGACUAUGUCAGAAGGGUGGGAAUAGAUGGAAGUGGAGAGGCAAUCAAAGAGGCAAUCAAGUCAGCAUUCAGAUUAAGAACUAAGCGGGCGUUUUGGCUGGAGGAUGAGAACCAGGUUAUUCGGAGCCUCGAUAGAGAUAUGCCUAUAGGAAAUUACACCCUCCACCUUGAUGAAGGGAUCACCAUAAAAGUUUGCACGUUCGAUGGAUCUGAUCGGAUAGAAGAAAAAACACUAUACAGUGAAGAGGAUUUCCGCGAUUUUCUCACACGUGGUGGUUGGAUAUGUUUAAGAGAAGUAAAUGGCUACAGGAGCAUUAGCAGUAUCGAAGAUCUGCACUCUGGUGUGAUGUAUGAGGGAGUCAGAAUUCUGGGGGAUUAAUAAUUUGUAAAUUUCCUUACUUGUAGAUCUUCAUGCUGCUGCUGCUGCUGCAAUUUUUGUGCAAUGGCAAUACACCAAUUUCAUCACUAAUUUUGUAGGAGCCAAGUAAUGCGAGAGAUUAUGUAUCUAGUAUCUACGAGGUCAUUGAAUGCUCUCCAGAAUGUUAAAUAGUGUAUAGUUGAAGUAGACUUUGUCACAAUUGUGGAUAGAAAAUCUGUUACCCUCAACAAUAUUAUUGAGUGUGCUUCCGACUUUCAUGUUUUUCUGA